GAACAGCUGUCUCCGUGAGCAAAUUCAGGCCCUCGCCCGGAAGAGAGGUGGUUUGUUUUUGGCCUGUGGCGGCGGUGGCGGCCAAUUGCUUGUUGUGUCGGGCAGGAUUGGCGUUAAGAGGGGGCAUCUGAGGGCGAAGAGGAGCAGCAGCAACAACAGCCGCCGCCAUGGGAGUGCCGAAAUUUUACCGUUGGAUCUCGGAGCGGUACCCUUGCCUCAGCCAGGUGGUGAAGGAGCAUCAGAUUCCAGAGUUUGACAACUUGUACCUGGACAUGAAUGGUAUCAUUCAUCAGUGUUCACACCCUAAUGAUGAUGAUGUUCACUUCAGAAUCUCUGAAGACAAAAUUUUUGCUGAUAUAUUUCACUAUUUGGAAGUAUUGUUUCGCAUUAUUAAACCAAGAAAGGUUUUCUUCAUGGCCGUAGAUGGAGUUGCUCCAAGAGCAAAAAUGAACCAGCAGCGUGGCAGACGUUUUAGGUCAGCAAAGGAGGCAGAGGACAAAAUAAAGAAGGCAUUAGAGAAAGGAGAGACUCUUCCGACAGAAGCUAGAUUUGAUUCCAAUUGCAUUACACCAGGGACUGAAUUCAUGGCCAGGUUGCACGAACAUCUGAAGUAUUUUGUAAAUAUGAAGAUUUCAACAGACAAAUCCUGGCAAGGCGUAACUGUCUACUUAUCAGGCCAUGAGACACCUGGAGAAGGGGAACAUAAAAUUAUGGAAUUUAUAAGGUCAGAGAAAGCAAAGCCUGACCAUGAUCCAAACACAAGGCACUGUCUGUACGGUUUGGAUGCUGACUUGAUUAUGCUUGGACUGACAAGUCAUGAGCCACAUUUUUCCCUUUUAAGAGAAGAGGUCCGGUUCGGUGGCAAAAAGUCACAAAGAGCGUGUGCCCCAGAAGAAACCACUUUUCAUUUACUGCACUUGUCAUUAAUGAGAGAAUAUAUUGACUAUGAAUUUUCACCAGUUAAAGACAAGAUAUCGUUUACAUAUGAAAUUGACAGAAUAAUAGAUGACUGGAUCUUAAUGGGCUUUCUUGUUGGAAAUGAUUUUAUCCCUCAUCUACCUCACUUUCAUAUUAACCAUGAUGCACUGCCACUGCUGUAUAGAACAUACAUGGAUAUUUUGCCUAAACUUGGAGGUUACAUUAAUGAAAGUGGGCACCUCAACUUACCUCGCUUUGAGAAAUACCUUACAAAAUUGUCAGAUUUUGACCGUGAGCAUUUCAGUGAAAUCUUUUUAGAUCUGAAGUGGUUUGAAAGCAAAGUGGGCAAUAAAUAUUUGAAUGAGGCAGCUGGUAUUGCUGCAGAAGAAUCAAGAAUGCAAAAGAAGCGCAAGGCUCAGGAAAAUGCUAUGUGCUUGGCUGCUUUGGAGAAAACUGACAAUGGAACUGUAGCAUCUUUAAAAACUUCGUUAGAAGAUGAGCCAGAAGAUGAUGAUUUGUUUGAGACAGAGUUUAGGCAAUACAAAAGAACAUACUAUAUGACCAAGAUGGGUGUAGAAGUAGUUUCAGAUGCCUUUCUAGCUGACCAGGCGGAAUGUUACGUCCAGGCAAUACAGUGGAUAUUGCACUACUACUACCAUGGGGUUCAGUCAUGGAGCUGGUUCUACCCCUACCAUUAUGCACCAUACCUCUCAGACAUCUGCAACAUCAGUGAACUGAAAAUCCACUUGGAUUUAGGAAAACCAUUCAUGCCAUUUGAACAGCUUCUUGCAGUACUUCCAGCGGCCAGCAAGGAUUUGCUGCCAAAAUGCUACCAGCAUUUGAUGACUGGUGAAGAGUCUCCCAUUAUUGAAUAUUAUCCAACAGAAUUUAAAACAGAUCUAAAUGGAAAGCAACAAGAAUGGGAAGCAGUGGUUUUGAUACCAUUUAUUGAUGAGAAACGAUUGUUAGAAGCGAUGGGAUCCUGCAACAAGUUCUUGACAACAGAUGAAAAGCAAAGAAAUAGGCACAGUGAAUGCCUGAUGUAUUUCUAUGAUAAAGAUGCAGAGUUCCAGUACCUGUCUCCAUGGCCAGAGAAGUUCCCUUCCAUAGAAAGAUGCUGUGCAAAGCAUAAAGCUAUGUCUCUGGAUGUCUGGCGUGUAGAUAUAGCCCAAAAUAAAAUAACUAAAUUGGAUAUGGAGAGGCUGUACUUCUGUGGCUUUCCUACUCUGAAGCACAUUAAUCAUAAGUUCUAUCUGAAAAAAAGUGGGGUACAAGUUUUUCAACAGAGCAGCCAUGGAGAAAAUAUGCUACUGGAAAUAAUGGUUUCUGAUGAUUCAGAGGAACUAAACGCUGAAAAUGUAGCCUGUUUGGUGCUUGGGAAAUCAAUCUUUGUUAACUGGCCUCACUUGGAAGAAGCUAGAGCUGUUGCUGUAUCAGAUGGUGAAACUAAGUUUCAGUUGGAGGAGCCUCCUGGAACACAGAAGCUCUAUAUGGGGAAUGCUGCCCCACCAACUAAAGCAACAUUUGUUCGAGAUAAAGAACAGAAUAUCUGGGUGAAAGAAAUCCAAGGAAUUUCAGAACAUUACCAGAGAAGAAAAGGAGUAAUCAUAAAUGAAACAUGUGCAGUUGUUUAUGCUCAAUUGCUAACUGGGUGUAGAUACCAGUUAAAUCAAAAUGGUGAGGUGUAUUUGGAGAAGCAGUGGUCCAAGCAAGUUCUGCCUUUUGCAUACCAAACAAUUGUCAGGGAUAUAAAAGCCUUCGAUUCCCGCUUCUCCAAUCUCAAAACUUUGGAUGACCUGUUCCCUCUGGGAUGUACAGUCUUCAUGCUGGGAUCACCUUAUUAUGGCUGCACAGGAGAAGUUCAGGAUUCAUGUGAUGUUAUCUUGGAAGGCAGAAUUCGUGUUGUUUUCAACAUUCCAUGUGAACCUCAGCUGGAUGCCUUAAUACAGAAUCAGCAUAAAUAUUCCGUGAAGUACAAUCCUGGAUAUGUAUUGGCCAGUCGUCUUGGAGUGAGUGGCUAUCUUGUUUCGAGAUUUACAGGAAGCAUUUUUAUUGGAAGAGGAUCCCGGAGAAAUCCACAUGGAGAACAUAAAGCAAAUGUGGGGUUGAACUUAAAAUUCAAUAAAAAGAAUGAAGAGGUCCCUGGCUAUACCAAGAAAGUUGGAAACGAGUGGAUGUAUUCCUCAGCUGUAGAACAACUCCUUGCUGAAUAUCUAGAAAGGGCCCCAGAACUUUUUAGUUACCUAGCCAAAAAUGGUCAAGAGGACAUAUUCUACGAAGAUGACAUUUGGCCAGGUGAAGAAGAGAAUGGCGCUGAGAAGGUUCAAGAAAUCAUUGCGUGGCUAAAGGCUCAUCCUGUCAGUGCACUCUCUCGUUCCUCUUGUGAUUUACAAAUUUUGGAUAUGGCUAUUGUCGAAAAGAUUGAAGAAGAAGUAGAAAAGUGCAAGCAAAGGAAAAGCAAUAAGAAAGUGCGUGUGACAGUGAAACCUCACUUGUUAUUCAGGCCUUUAGAACAGCAGCAUGGAAUUAUACCAGACCGAGAUGCAGAAUAUCGACUGUUUGACCGUGUUGUUAAUGUGAGAGAGAGUUUUUCCGUUCCCCUUGGACUUCGUGGCACUGUGAUAGGAAUUAAAGGAGCCAGCAGAGAAUCUGAUGUUCUGUAUGAAGUACUGUUUGAUGAAGAGUUUCAUGGAGGCUUGACAAUAAGGAGCUCACCUGGCAGAGGGUACCGCAUUCCAGCCAGUGCCUUAAUCAACCUUUCUUAUGGUAAUCGGUCUGAAACAGGAAAUCAGAAGCUAACUGCCAUAGUUAAACCUCAGCCAGCUGUGAGUCCCUACAGCUCAUAUUCACCCGAAUCAUUUUCUGUAUCUACACAAAAAGCACAUCAAGGAGGUCUCAACCAUUCUCCUCGCUCCCUCUUUGUUCCAACUCGACAAGUGAAUGGAAGACAGCAUAACAAUCUCAAGGUUGAAACCCAAGGCAAUUCCAAUUCCCUCCAGAAAGGAGCAUAUUUAAGCAGCAAUCAGAAAUACAAAGCUCAAGAUAAGCAAGAUGAUGAAUUUUGCAGCAUUUGGCAAUCAUUGCAGAGCUCUGGAAAGCCUCAGUCUGCCCAACAUGAUAGGCAUGAGAAGGGUGGAAUUUUACCUCAAUACAUAAAGCUAAAUACGGGUGGCCAGUUCUGCAAACCAGGCUUCAAUGAAAGUAGCUUCAAAGGCCAGCAAAGAAAACAGGAAUCUUUCAGGAAGUCUAAAGAUGACACAAAAGGUCCAAGAACUGACAGUCAAACACAUAAAGGAUCAAAUAAACCGAAUUUUGCAGGUGCUAAUAAGUAUAGUGUGAAGCUAUUGAAGAGGAAUGAAGCCCCCAAUGAGCCAGUAGAACCAAAGCCUGCAGUUGACAGUCCCAGUAUAACCGAGAAGAAUGGAUCUGAACUUGAAGACAUUUUGGCAUCUUUGAAAAUUUUCAAAGAAAAAGAGGUGCCACGGUCAUAUCCCAAGGAACCAACUAGUGAAGAACACUUGUCUCCACAGUCUUUUGCUAUGAAAGGAACACAGAUGCUCAAAGAAAUUUUGAAGAUAGAUGGUUCUGACACAGCAGAAGCAAAGUCAGUGGCAAAUGAAGUGUCUGCUCCAACUGGUAGGCAGGAUUCUUGUGCACCUACCUCACAACAUACCCAUGCCAAAAAGAUAGCUGCUUUCAUGAACAAAUCCCCUGGCACAGCAGGACCUCAGAACACUCAGGGCAUGGAGGUUGGAGGCCACACACUUCUUGGACCACCAAACUCAUUAUCCACUCCAGUAUCUGAGCUUUCUCGUAUCUGUUCCCUUCUUGGAAUGCUGCAGCCAGAUUUCUCAUUUCUUAGAACACCACAGACGAUGACAGUUUGUCAAGUAAAGCUAUCAAAUGGCUUAUUAGUACACGGACCUCAAUGUCACUCUGAAAAUGAAGCUAAGGAGAAAGCAGCACUUUUUGCUUUGCAACAAUUGAGCUCUGUUGGGAUGAACUUUCCUCUACCACCACCACCUGUAUUUCCAAAUUAUCAACCCAUGGGAGCUCUUGUGCCUCCUGGAUCCAUUCCUCCAGUCUUCACCCAGCACACUGCUAAUUUGUUUCCUUCACCACCUCAUGCGUUUGGCCCAGUGCCAUGGGGCGCACCAGUUCCAGUCCAUGGGAAACCUUACUUUCCUGGUUCCUAUCCUGGGAAUAUGCCUUUUGCAGGCACUGUACCAGCUGGUGCACACAAUCAGUUUAUACCCUUGCAGGUAACUAAGAAAAGGGUUGCCAGCAAGACUAAUGUUGAGCCAAAGGAGUUCCCAGGUUCUCUUCAAAAUGUGCAGUUAAAGAAUGAACAGUCAAGCAUCGACACUACAAAAAUGAACCCACAGGAUGCUUCUUCAGAACAUUUAAGAUCUCAUCAAGCUGCUCCAUCUUUCCAAGAGAAAAUGGCUCCUCCAGGCUCAGUUGCAUCUCGUAAGAAAUCAGCACCAAAUGUGUCUACUAAGCGAAAGCCCAGAAAAUUGGCUGUCAAUUUUGGUGCACCCAAAUCUUCAGAAUAAGUAUGGGUCAUGGAUUACUUUACAUUUCCUUAGUGUUAUAAAACCAAUAAAUAUAAUUUAAAAAAUGUAAGCAUAAUACCAAUUUGAAAGCUGUUUUGGACUGUAAAUAUUUUCUGUUAGUCACAAUGAAAACAAUUAUGUUCACUGAAGAGCUUGAUUUAACCUGAUGUAAAACACAAGAAACUCUUGAGUUAAAGUAACAGCCCUGUCCAUCAUGCCUCAGUCUGAAAAGUGGGGUUUGUGUACUGUCCCAAGAGAGGAGCAAUAAUACUGACUUGGCCGUCUUAAUUGAGAAUAGCUUUGUUUAAACCAAGAUAUAAAAGUCCUCAACGAAUGCAAAGUAUAAUUCUUGAUGUCUUGUUUUUAAUGAUAUAAUAACUUCUAAAAGCAAUUUAUUUAUAUGUAACUGGUAUACUUUAUUUUUAGAUUUUUCAGGUUUUUUGAUCUGAUACAGUGUGCAUAGAUUUUAACUAUUGUGGCAUUGCCAGUUGACUUUAUGUAAGGUUCAUUUCCAGGAGUUAUGCCAAAGCAGCUUAAUAACUUGGACUAUUGUAAUAAACUGUCUUUAACUAAAUGCCACCACGAAUGAGCCACUGACAGAGGAAGCCAGAGCAAAUAAAUGCUUCAGGGGUUUGCAGCAGGAGUAGACAAAAUGUUGUUGUUUCAAAAUGUUGCUGGACUCCAGCUUCUAUUAGCCCCAGCCAGCAUGGCCAAUGGUGAGAGAUGAUGGGAACUGCAGUCUAACAACAUCUGAAGAACACCAUGUUGGUUUCCCCCUUUUUACAGAAUAGGAGGUACCUCAUCACUGUAACAAGUUGUAGUUUUGGGAAUGACUCCUGUACGCUUCUCUACUAACGUGCAGCCUCCACAACAGAGCAUUUCAUUGUUCUGAAAUAGUAUUUACUCCUUGGAUCUGGUAUAACCAAAGCAUGAUUCCUUAAAUAGUACAGUUCAGAAAUAAUGGUGAAUCUUCCCAAAUAUUCCAAAUUAGUAUAUGUGUAAGCUAGAAGACAACCCAGUCUAAUUCGUAUUCAGACUCAAACAUUGUCUUCAUUCUGCUGUGCUGUUUUAGUUCUACUGUGCUGUCUUCCUAUGCUCUACUUCUUCUUCAGCACAAAUUCAUGUUUCAUAAUCUGAGAUAUGUAAAAUACUAGCCUGAAGGAUACUGUUUAUCACUUACUUUUUAAAUGCCAUAAUUUCUUAAAAGAGAAACUAGCUAAGCUGUUUUGGGUCACACAUUACUCCCCCACCCCCUGUCUCAAAUAACAUAAUUAACCUAGGCAUCCCCAAACUUCGGCCCUCCAGAUGUUUUGGACUACAAUUCCCAUCAUCCCUGACCACUGGUCCUGUUAGCUAGGGAUCAUGGGAGUUGUAGGCCAAAGCAUCUGGAGGGCCGCAGUUUGGGGAUGCCUGGAUUAACCUCUUUAUAGGAAAAUAAUGUUGCAACAGUACCCUGGAUGCAAUCUUAGCUCCACUUCUAUGUAUCAUGGAGCUAUUUAAAUUUAAAAUUUCACUGUAUCCAAGGCACAAAAAACCUAACCUAGUAACACUCUUCAAACUAUAUAGUAUGGAAUUAUUAUUAUUUUUGUCAUGCAGAUUAAUUUUCAUGUUCUAGUAGUACUGUGCAGCAGUGGGGAACGUUUUGGCUCCACAGGCCAAAUCCUAGUGCAGGAGGCAAAAUUUAACAGGAGAUUGGAUGUUCAGUGCACCACACAGAUCUUGCAAAGAGCCUUCUAUAAUGCUUUAAAGUGCCUGUGGCUUCAACUUCACGCCCAUCAGCUGCUUUCUAUAGGUAUUGGGGAACUUCCUCAUGCAGCUGAUAAGCAGGCUUCAGCUCUACCAUCUAUCAGCUAAUGGCACCAGCUGGACGAGUGAGUUCUGCAGAACUCUGCUGCAACAGAUGAUCCACCAGGCUUUGACUUUACUACUGUUGGUAGAAGUGAAGCCUGAUUUUCCUUGCUUGCUUUAAGGCUUCCGAUUGUACAUUGGAGCCAGAGGUUCCCCUCCGCAGGGGUUGCAUUUCUUUGUUUUAGGGUGUCCUUGCUUUGCUGCAUGUGAAGUGGUCCUGUUAAAGUGAAAGGUGCUUUCCUCACUUCUUUCCAUUUAAGAGUGAAAAUACAUGCUUAAUGGGGACUUAAAGCACUUAAACCUGGGACAGUCUGGCCAUAUUUCCCUUGACAAGGUCUGUCAUACUGUUCUCACUUGUAGAGUUUAAAUGAUUUUCUCAGAUCGUAUUGCCUGAUAACUUGACUUCAGUCUCUAGAGAAUGAAUAAGGUGGACUCCCAUGGGAGAGAAUUGAUUUCUUUUACUAUUGUGUCUCUUAAACAACAUAAAUUUUUAAUUUGUUUACAUCUUUGGGAUUUAUAUGGUUACCAGACCCUUAAUCCAGGCACUGGAAUUGCUUCUAACAUGCUAAAUUCUGUAAGACUUUUUAUGGACCCUGCUGCCAGCAUAAUAGAAAUAGACACCCUGAAGAUUUAUGUGUGUCUCAGAACCAGCAAAAUUCUCUUGUUUGUUGUUACCUAUUGAACAGGGAUUCUUUGUUUUCCAUUCUAAUAAAAAUGCCCAUCAAAUUUUCAUCAGCCUGGUUCCCAUCUAUACUUAUCAUUGUACCUGUUUCACUGUUUUCUAUUCUCUCUGUUAAUCUGCAGUAUUAGUAUCAGUUUCUUUAUAUCCACUGCCCAGUUUUUAGAUACAUUAAUAUCUAAAACAUAAAUAAUUGGCUUAUAGAAUUUUUGCUUGUUUGUUUUUAAAUAAAGUUAUAUGGCUUAUUUCUCUCAAAUGUAUUUUGUAAAUGCUGGAAAUUUUCAUUAAGAUCUUGUACAGAGCAGUAUUUUAUUAAAAUCUGAAAGGGAAGACUUUUUGUGCACAUUUUUAUAGUUUCUUUUUAAAAAAGAACUUUUGUCUAUCUGCCAAAGUGAAAUGUUUAAAACUGGCAUGAUUAAUAUGGAGUGUAUUUUUGUGUAUAGUGUUGUGCAUUUCAGAAUUCUAGCAUGUAGCUGUGCAAAAGUAUUUUUAAAUAUAAAUGUACAAUAUACCAGGAAGGAAUAAAUCAUAUGGAUUAAAUACUCUGGAGAACUUUAAUACAAUAAUUUUAUAAAAGACUUGGCCUUGUCUGCUUGGAAUAAAAAUGUGAACUAAAAUUUUGAGUUUCGGUAUGUUUAUUUCUCAUUGGAAGAAAGAUGUCAGGCAUGUCUUAAACUGCAUGUUCUAUUUGGUUGUGGGGAUUUGUGGUAAUUUGUUCUUAAUGUCCAUUUGUUUUCAUAGUCAUGAUGCAAUCUUGGAUUAAGGUUAAGAUUGGCCAUUUGUUUUCUAGAGUGGCAGGAGAGGUACAAUUCAGUUCAUUCACACUAAAAUUGCUUCCUUGUAGGAGAAAUGUAAGAGAGAGUGGGGAUAAUAUGCCUUGAAUUGCCACUCGAAAUGUGACCAAUGUUAGGGCAAACAAAUGGACAUGGUCUGAGUAUGCAGGGCUUGUAUGCGCAAGAGCAGUUUAUGGACGCAGCCCCAGGAGGGAGAGAGAAGGGCUGGAUUCAGGCUAUGCUAUUUGCAAUUUGACUAAUCCAGUAUUUAAUGCCCCAAAUCAGAUAUAUCAGGUGGAAGCUGGAAUGCAUGCGAUCACCUUUCUGUCCAAAUGCUUAGUAAAUGUUUAAAAUACUAUAAGUGCUCUGUAAAAACACCUCUGAAAUCAUUUAAUUUACUACAUAUUGUCAACAUAUUUGUAGCCUGAACAAAGAGUAACGUCUCCUGACCAACACCAAAAAGUGCAAAGAUAGGACUAUCAAAAACUGCAGAUUUUAACACUGUGUGUGCGUACGCGCGCAGUGUAUAUUGCAAGGCAGAAGAUAAAAGUAACAACACCCCAUUGCAGAUAAUAAAACUUUGAAUUGCUAUUUUGACCAUAAUGUUUCCUCAGUGGUUCAUACUGAAAUAUACAUUUAUUGCUUCGGAGUGAAUCCAGAGUACACAAUAUCUCAGGUUUGAGUUUGCCUAAGAGUGUGCUCUUGGGGGAAAACUGUAUGUGUUUGGAAGGCAGUAUGUAACAAAGUUUCAUUUAUCUGCAAAGGCAGUUGAGUUACUUCUGUAGUUCAUGAUACACUAAUGUCACUGUGUUCAGAUGCUGUUUUAGUUAAUUGUUUUGCAACUGAAAGAAUCAGAAUUGUAGAGUUGGUGGGGACCCCAAGGGUCAUCCAGUCCAACCCCCUGUAAUACAGUAAUGUUCUCAACUGUCUAGCACAGGGGUUGCCAACUUCCAAGAGACUGCGAUCUACUCACAGAGUUAAAAACUGGCAGUGAUCUACCCCCUUUUGGGGGGUUCAGGUUGAGGUUGAGCUUUUUUUUAGGAAGGAAAGCCCUGUUUGGGGGGCUUCAGGGCUUUUUUUAGGGGAGCCAAAGUUGCUGAGCUUCUUUGGGGGGAGCCAGUGAUCUACCACAGACGUCCAGUGAUCUACCAGUAGAUCACGAUCUACCUGUUGGACAUGCCUGUCGUAUGAUAUCCCAUUUUGCUCCAAGAGAUUCAAGGUAGCAAACAUUGUCCCCACCCCCUAUUUUUUUCCUUCACAACAAACCUGUUAGGUAGAUUAGCCUGUGGGAAGGUCCAAGGAAUCGCAACCAGCUUCAUGGGUGAGAGGUGAUAUGAACCAUGGUCUCCACUGUCCUACUAAAUCCUACUAGCUCUCAGUGUACAUAGUAAGAAGGUUAAAAUAAUAUUCCAGGUCUUCAAAAUGCUUCUAAAGGUUUCAGUCAUUUAUUUAUUUAUUUUGGAACCAAUUCAAUCCCUGGCAGAUAAAAGUGGUAGAGAUUAAAAUUUUCCCAUCAGACCACUCUAAAACAAAUACCUGCAGCCAUGCUACUUAACACAAGGGUUCAAACAUCCGUUACAGGAUUGGAUGGACCAAAAGGUAAUUACUGCUUCUUAGAGUGAACUUGAGUAGAGACAAGACUGGAGCUAAUGGGAAACAAGGGAAAAGUUACUAUUUGUGUUGCCAAAUCAAACAUUUGCACACUCCAGCAUUUUCCAGGCAGGGUGUGUUCCAGCUUGAAGUUGCCUCGAGUGCCGUUAGGCAGCCUCUACUGUAAGAGCUGAUGGGGAAGGAAGCUUAGUACGUAGCUCAAGCAAAGACGUUUGGAGCACCUUCAGGCAGCAGUGACCAAGCAAACAGAAAAGGCUAUUGGGGAACAUUAGCUGCCAGUUUUCAGCCCCCAGGUGCCUUGGUUCUGCAAUCUUUAGACAUGGGGAGGUGACCAGGAUCUCCAAGCAAUUACUAGGACCAUCCUUGCUAACUUCUACAUCGUAAAGAUUGGGUGGGGAGAGGUUUGUUGUUCAUCAUGCUUGCCAGAUAUUGGCUCCACAAUUGCUGUAAAGGUAAAGGGACCCCUGACCAUUAGGUCCAGUUGCGAACAACUCUGGGGUUGUGGUGCUCAUCUCGCUUUACUGGCUGAGACGUACAGCUUCCGGGUCAUGUGGCCAGCAUGACUAAGCCACUUCUGGUGAACCAGAGCAGCACAUGGAAACGCCAUUUACCUUCCCAGCAGAGUGGUACCUAUUUAUCUACUUGCACUUUGAUGUGCUUUCGAACUGCUAGGUUGGCAGGAGCAGGGACCGA